CUGAACCUGAACCUGAACCUGAACCCAGCUGUGUGUCCAUGAGGAGUGACGGGUCUAUGAUUGAACCUAUUCACUUCAAAGAUGGACGCCACUCUGCUGAUAAAAGCAGGAGAGACCAGACCCCCCCUGAACCCAGCUGUGUGUCCAUGAGGAGUGACUGGUCUAUGGAUAAACCUAUUGAGUUCAAAGAUGGACAGCACUCUACUGAUCCAAGAGUCCAGCAGCAGAGCUCAGAGGUUCCCAGUGGUCAGUCUGCCCAGGAGCAUCAAACAGACCUGGCCUCCAUAUUUAUGCUGCUGGAGGAGAACAUCGUCACCUUUGUGAAGAACGAGCUGAAAAACAUCCAGAGGUGUCUGAGUCCAGAUUACCCAGAAUGCUUAGAGAUGCAGAGGGAGGAUGAGGAGGAAGAGCAGAGGAGGAGCAGCAGAGAGGCUUUUCUGCAGAUCACACUUCACUUCCUGAGGAGAAUGAAGCAGGAGGAGCUGGCUGAGCGUCUGUGGAGCAGUUUUGUUCAUUUAGAAACUCUCUCUGCUCUCUGCCAACGUGAACUCAAAUCUAAGCUGAAGAAGAAGUGUGAGUGUGUGUUUGAGGGGAUUGCUAAAGCAGGAAACCCAACACUUCUGAAUCAGAUCUACACAGAGCUGUACAUCACAGAGGGAGGGAGUGGAGAGCUCAAUGAGGAACAUGAGGUCAGAUGGAUUGAAACAGCAUCCAGGAAACCAAACACACCAGAAACACCAAUCAGAUGUGAGGACAUCUUUAAAGCUUUACCUGGAAGAGAUGGACCAAUCAGGACAGUGAUGACAAAGGGAGUGGCUGGCAUUGGGAAAACAGUCUUAACACAGAAGUUCACUCUGGACUGGGCUGAACACAAAGCCAACCAGCAUGUCCACUUCACAUUUCCAUUCACUUUCAAAGAGCUGAAUCUGCUGAGAGGGAAAAAGUUGAGCUUGGUGGAACUUGUUCAUCACUUCUUCACUGAGACCAAAGAAGCAGGAAUCAGCAGGUUUGAGCAGUUCCAGGUUGUGUUGAUCUUUGACGGUCUGGAUGAGUGUCGACUUCCUCUGGACUUCAAGAACAACCAGAUCCUGACUGAUGUUACAGAGUCCACCUCAGUGAACGUUCUGCUGACAAACCUCAUCAAGGGGAACCUGCUUCCCUCUGCUCACCUCUGGAUAACCACACGACCUGCAGCGGCCAAUCAGAUCCCUCCUGAGUGUGUUGACAUGGUGACGGAGGUGAGAGGCUUCACUGACCCACAGAAGGAGGAAUACUUCAGGAAGAGAUUCAGAGAUGAGGAUCAGGCCAGCAGAAUCAUCUCCCACAUCAAGACGUCACGAAGCGUCCACAUCAUGUGCCACAUCCCAGUCUUCUGCUGGAUCACUGCUACAGUUCUGGAGGACGUGUUGAAAACCAGUGAGGGAGGAGACCUGCCCAAGACCCUGACUGAGAUGUACAUCCACUUCCUGCUGGUUCAGUCCAAAGUGCAGAACAUCAAGUAUCAUGGGAGAACUGAGACAGAUCCACUGUGGACUCCAGAGACCAGAGAGAUGAUCCAGUCUCUGGGAAAACUGGCUUUUGAGCAGCUGGAGAAAGGCAACCUGAUCUUCUAUGAAGCAGACCUGGCAGAGUGUGGCAUUGAUAUCAGAGCAGCCUCAGUGUACUCAGGAGUGUUCACACAGAUCUUUAAAGAGGAGCGUGGGCUGCACCAGGACAAGGUUUUCUGCUUCGUCCAUCUGAGCCUUCAGGAGUUUCUGGCUGCUCUUUAUGUCUUUCUGACAUUCAUCAAUUCUGGGGUCAAUCUGCUGACACAAAAAUCAACAUCCAGGUGGUCUACAGUGUUAAAGAAAUCCAAAAUAAAACAAAAACACCUCCUCCAAAGUGCUGUGGACAAGGCUUUACAAAGUCCAAAUGGACACCUGGACUUAUUCCUGCGCUUCCUCCUGGGUCUUUCACUGCAGACCAAUCAGACUCUCCUACGAGGCCUGAUGACAGACACUGGAAGUAGUUCACGGACGAAUCAGAAAACAGCCCAGUACAUCAAAGACAAGAUCAAGGACAGUCCCUCUCCAGAGAGAAGCAUCAACCUGUUCCACUGUCUGAAUGAGCUGAAGGACCAUUCUCUAGUGGAGGAGAUCCAACAGUACCUGAGAUCCGGACGUCUCUCCACAGACAAACUGUCCCCUGCUCAGUGGUCAGCUCUGGUCUUCAUCUUACUGUCAUCAGAAGAAGAUCUGGACGUGUUUGACCUGAAGAAAUACUCUGCUUCAGAGGAGGCUCUUCUGAGGCUGCUGCCAGUGGUCAAAGCCUCCAAGAAAUCUCUGCUGAGUGUGUGUAAUCUGUCAGAGAGAAGCUGUGCAGCUCUGGCCUCAGUUCUCAGCUCCCAGUCCUCUAGUCUGACAGACCUGGACCUGAGUAACAACCAGCUGCAGGAUUCAGGCGUGAAGCGUCUCUCUGCUGGACUGGAGAGUCCACACUGUAGACUGGAGGCUCUCAGGCUGUCAGGCUGUCUGCUCACACAGGAAGGCUGUGCUUCUCUGGCCUCAGCUCUGAGCUCCAACCCCUCCCACCUGAGAGAGCUGGACCUGAGCUACAAUCAUCCAGGAGACUCAGGAGUGAAGCUGCUCUCUGCUGGACUGGAGGAUCCAACCUGGAGACUGGAGGCUCUCAGGCUGAGUGGCUGUAAUCUGUCAGAGAGAAGCUGUGCAGCUUUGGCCUCAGUUCUCAGCUCCCAGUCCUCUAGUCUGAGAGAGCUGGACCUGAGUGACAACCAGCUGCAGGAUUCAGGAGUGAAGCUGCUCUCUGCUGGACUGGAGAGUCCACACUGCAGACUGGAGGCUCUCAGGCUGUCAGGCUGUCUGCUCACACAGGAAGGCUGUGCUUCUCUGGCCUCAGCUCUGAGCUCCAACCCCUCCCAUCUGAGAGAGCUGGACCUGAGCUACAAUCAUCCAGGAGACUCAGGAGUGAAGCUACACACCAGAAACACCAAUCAGAUGGUGGACCAUGGUGGACAGCAGAGGUUGAAACCAGGUCUGAGGAAGUAUUCUUGUGAACUCAAACUGGACACAAACACAGCACACAGACACCUCGUCCUGCCUGAGGACAACAGGAAGGUGGCAGCAGAGGAAGGGGAGCAGCCAUAUCCUGAUCACCCAGAGAGGUUUGACUACUGGCCACAGAUCCUGUGUAGAGAUGGUCUGACUGGUCACUGUUACUGGGAGGUCGAGAGGAAAGGAGAGGUUAAUAUCGCAGUGACUUACAGAGGAAUCAGAAGGACAGGAAGCGGUGAUGACAGCAGGCUUGGAGAGAACGAAAACUCCUGGUGUCUGAGCUGCUCUGAUGGAAAUUUCUCUGUCUGUCACAACGACUACUGGUUAAACAUCCCUGUGCCCUCCUCCUCUCACAGAGUGGCAGUGUAUCUGGACUGGCCUGCUGGCUCUCUGUCCUUCUACAGCGUCUCCUCUGACACACUGAUCCACCUCCACACCUUCACCUCCACAUUCACUCAGCCUCUGUACCCGGCCUUUGGGUUUGGGUUUGGGGUUUUGUCACAUGACUCCUCAGUGUCUCUGUGUCAGAUGGAGUGA